AUGGUCGCGCGUCGCGCGGAUUCCACGCUCCUCCGCCUCGCCGCGGCGCUACAGCUUCGCCUGCUGCCGCGCGCGCAGCGACCGUUGCCCGUCCCGCUCACAUGUACCAACGCGCGGUCGUUUCAGCUGCUGCAGGAAGUCAACGCGCCUAGCAGCGUCGCGCAUCCCCUACCUCUUCCCUUAUGGCGUCUCAACAGUUCCCUUCCCUUCCCUCCCUCGUCCCUCCCUUCCUCACCCCCUCUCCCUCCGUUCCCCCUCCCUCGUCCCCAACCUCAAGCAGCCAACGAGCGGUCGUUUCCGCUGCUGCAGGAGUACCUGGCAGCGGCGCACAUCACAUUUAAGGCGUCUCAACGGUUCUCAAACGAGCGGUCGUUUCAGCUGCUGCAGGAGUACCUGGCAGCGGCGCACAUGAAAGGGGCGGGUAGCAGGGCCAGCGGCAUGGGUGCUGCAGCAGCAGCAGCAUCGGGGUCGCGCCGGUCGUAUGAAUUCGAGUUCUUCAUUCGGGAAGAAAUCAGCAGCAGCAGCAGCAGCACUGCUAGCAGCACUAGCAGCACUAGCAGCAGCGGCACGGUUCUGUUCCGCCACGUCACCAUGGCCCUGCCUCCCCCGCAGCGCCCGCGUGUGGUGGGCGGGUCCAUCCCUCUGCGCACGCGCAUGGCUCUCUCUCAACUCCUAGACGCCUGCGGCCUCCCCCCCCACCUCUCCAACGCCCUCGCCUCUGCCACUGCUGGUUUUGCUGGUGCUGGUGCUUCUGAAGGUGGUGGCAUGGGAGGGGAGGGUGUGCGGCUGUCUGAAUUGCUUGUAGAAGCGGCUGAGAUUCAGAGGCAGUGCGAGGCUGGGUGGACGGAUGGGGCUUGGAAUGGGGGCACCAGCGGCGGUGGCAGCGGCGGCAGCGGCAGCAGUGGCAGCAGCACUGCGAGCAGCUUGGUUCGCGAUCGGGCGAUGAUGGUGCAUGUGCUGCGAAUGGUGCGAGGGGUCACUGUUCACAUCCAACCACCAGCAUCCCUAUCAUCAUCAUCAGCAGCAGCAGCAGCAGCCGCCGCCGCAGGAGCAGCAGGUUCAGGUUCCGCGUCCAUAUCUUCCCUAUCCUCCUCAUACGCACACAAUCAACAACACCAAGAGGUGCUGUUGCUAGAGCAGCUGAUCAAGGCUCUCGAUCGCAAUCCAGACACGGACCUGUCGGGGAGCCAAGUCGUGAUCGGCAGCGGCGGUGGCGGGUACGGUAUCGAUUCUCAAGGCCGCGUGUGGUUGCCUCAGGGCGACGACUUGAGCGCAUGGGGGGACUGGCUAGCCGGGGUAGACACCAGCGUGGUGCAGAGGAGGCGGGCACGAGCGCGGGAACGGCGUGCAAAGGAGAGGGCGGCGGCGUGUGGGAUGGAGGUCGAGAUGGUUUUCACUGACGCGGGAACGGCAGGGUUGCUGGUGUAUGAGGGGUUUUUAGAGCGCGUGAUUGGGCAUGCGGAGGAGCAUGGUGCCGUGUGCGACGGCCGGCUUUUCGAGCUGCCCGUUCGCGUUCUCGGGCAGGCGGAGGGCCGGAUUGGUGGAGGGGGAGGAGGUUGGGGAGAGGGAGGCGGAGGAGAGGGAGGAGGAGGCGGGGAUUGGCUUGUGGAUGGAGGGCGGCUACCUACCUGGAGUGGAGACCGGUUUCUGCAUCAGCAUCAGACCUUCUCAGCUUCCUUCUCCUCUUCCUCCUCCGCCUCCUCCUCCUCCUCCUUGUCUGCGUCUUCCCCUUCUGCUCUCCGCCCUGCGGAUUUCUCCAUCGACCGACGCUUCGGCUAUGCAGCAGUGCCGGUCACAGCAACACCCACGCAGCUCUACACCUUCCUAUCACAGGCAGGAGCAGACGCCAUGGCUAUCCGACGGCUUGCGAGAGACGAGGAGCAGAGGUUAGACCGGCUGAGAACGGAGGUGCGGCAGCGGCUGCGGCUGCGGCGGCUGGUGGUGGAUGAGGGGAGGAUCACGAGGGAUCAGGGGGCCUCGGGACUGCUGCGCCUGCUCCGGUUUGCGCCGCAGCUGAUGCAGCUUACGGAAGGGCUGUCUCUGUGCGUGUCUAACGCCCACCGCCUGCCCAUGCCACAGGGAGUGUAUGAUGCGGGUGCGGGUUCGGCGUUGAAUCUGGGUGGUGGUGGUGGUGGUGGUGGUGGUAGGGCGGGUAGCGCAGGUGAGGGUGGGCGUGCAGGUGGUGAGGGUGGUGUUGCUGGUGCGGGUGGGAGGAGGGGUGGGAGCAGGGGGGAGCAGGAGUGGGAGAGCAGCAGUGUUCCGUUUGUGCACGUGAAAUGGAACUUCAGCGUUAGUGAGCUGUAG